UCACUGCACUCAGCGUCUCUUUACCUUAUCUACUGAUUACCAUUUACAUUGACGGGUUUUGCUAUAAAACUGAACACCCGCUUACUAACAGGUUGAUAUAACAAUAACUCACAAUCCACCUACAUAUUUCUUUGAAAUUCUACAAUUGCUGUCGUCGGCGCCUCUGUCCGUUGAAGAUCUCAUCAGCAUGGCAUCCCGGAAGUUCAUCCAGUCCCACUCGAAAGACAUGUCGUUCGACGUCGCGACGGCCAGUGUCGAUUCUCUCCUCUCAGUGGAGCAAUCAGUGAGUCUGGAGCUCGCCGAGCUUCUCCUAGAAGCCGUGGAAAGGGUCGAAACCAGUGUUGUUGCUGUUGCCAACUUGAGAUUCUCGAAAAGUGCUUUUAUUCAUAUGCGUCGGCGGCGGGAAAAGAACUUCCGCCGAUCUACAAGAAGAAGAGAUUGAGCAAUAAAAGAAUUUUAUUUUUAUUUUUUAAUGAUGACAAUAAUGAGAGUGGAAAUUUUGGAAUAUUUUAUUUUAUUUUUAAUUUUUUAAUUGUCACGUCAUAUAUUUGAUGGUCAAUUUAAACAGUUGACUGUCACACGUAAACAAAAGUUAACGGUGAUGGACAGAGAGUGACCAAACUUGAUAAAUUUUAGUAAUUUCAGUGACCACGAAUGGAAUAAAAUAUUUUUAGUGAU